CCCCGUGCAUGCCGCACGCCCCCCCGGCCCCGCUGAGCCCGUGCCCGGUGUCCCCGCAGAGGAACGCGCUGCGGAAGCGGCGGCGCUGGCUGCGCGUUCUCGCCGCCCGGCGCGGGAAGCGGCGGCAGGAGCGGCAGCGCCGCCGGGCACGGCGGGCGGCGGCCCACGGGGAUGGCCCCGGAGCGGCGCUCGGCAGCGGCCCCGCCGGGCCCGGACCGCCGCCGCCCCGCCGCGGGAGGGUCCCGGCCGCGCUGGCCACGGAGCGGCUGCUGCGGGCGCGGGCGGCGGGGCCGCGGCUCUGCGUGGACCUCGGCGUGGGCGGCAGCAUGACCGAGAAGGAGAGCGGCCGCCUGGCCUCGCAGAUCCGCCGGCUGUACGGGGCGAACCGCCGCGCCGCCCGGCCCUUCUGGCUGUGCCUGACGGAGUUCACAGCCGGGACGCCGAUCUACGAGCAGUGCUUCCGCAUGAACGACGGCUUCGCUGGGUACCUGAUGGAUACAACUCCAGAGAGUUACCUGGACCUGUUUCCUUUGGAGGCCAUUGUUUAUCUCACUCCUGACUCUGAGAACGUCCUGGAAGAUAUCGACCCGAGCAAGGUGUACGUGCUGGGAGGGCUGGUGGACGAGAGCAUUCACAAGCAGCUGACCCUGCGCAGGGCACGGGAGCAGGGCCUGCAGACAGCCCGGCUCCCCAUCCGCGAGUUCAUGGUGAGAGCCCCCAACUGCAGGAACUACCACUCCGAGACGCUGGCCAUCAACCAGGUCUUUGACGUCCUGGCCACCUACUACGAGACACAGAGCUGGCCAGCAGCGCUGAGGGCUGGAGUUUCUUCUGGAAAAGGCUACGUGCUACCGGACCCAGCGGAACAGGCAGAGCCAGCCCAGCGCGCCACUGCUGCCCAAGGAAACGCUUUAUUGUGUGCUGAGGAGCUGCAGGAAGCACCAGCGUGACUGUGCACGGCAGACAGCCGUUCCCAGCAGCGCGAGGAGCUCGCUGGAGCAACGCCUUCUACCUCAGGAAUGCGGUGCUGGACAUCGCCGUGCCCCUGCGCGGGAAAGAAAAGCCUGGCGGAGCCUGGGAUCCGUGAAAACUGACAGGAAUUCAGUUGUGCCUCUGCAGCUGUUUGUCUGUGACUCCGGCACCUACACUUGUUCUGAGGUGGGGAGGAGACCUUUAAGGUGUUUUCUUCAUUUUAUGGAAACAGAGAGUAAGGUGAGGUUGGGAUUGCAAAGCUUGUGGGCAGGGAAACGCCCUUCCUCGGGCCAGGACAGUGCUGCUCCUGCGGGAGAACGCGGGACACGAGCAGCUCCCAGGGCAUGUCCCCGCAGCACAAACCCACUGAAUACUCGGUGAGUUGCUGAAGCCUUUGGCUAGUUGUAUGCAUCUAAUAUAAAAUAAAAGGUUUAGAUCCCCA